AUGGGUCGGCAUUGUGUGUCAGCGAUUUUCCCUCCAGAGCCGAGGGAGACGGAAACACAAUCCGAAGAGAGGUAUUCAAGAAAGAGCGGAAACAGCAAGAAGGUUCUCAAGGUUCGAAUCCCAGCUGGAGGAACUGUAAAACAAGAUCCAGAUUAA